AUGGCGGACCGUUAUGACAAGGAGUCUGACUAUGGGUACGUCCGGAAAGUGUCUGGCCCCGUGGUGGUGGCGGACCACAUGUCGGGAUCCGCCAUGUACGAGCUGGUGCGUGUCGGCAACGACUCCCUGAUCGGGGAGAUCAUCAGGCUGGAGGGCGACACUGCUACCAUCCAGGUGUAUGAGGAGACGGCUGGCCUGACAGUUGGGGAUCUGGUGACUCGCACUAAGAAGCCCCUGUCAGUGGAGCUCGGCCCUGGCCUCAUGGGGAACAUCUUUGACGGAAUCCAGCGGCCCCUCAAGGCCAUCGCGCAGCAGAGCGGCGACGUGUUCAUCCCUCGCGGAGUGGCUGUGCCUGCCCUCGACCAGUCAAUCGCAUGGGAGUUUGCUCCCACCGGGUUCAAGGUCGGCGACCGCAUCACAGCUGGCGACAUCUACGCCACUGUCAAGGAGAACACCCUCAUGGACCACAAGGCAUGUGUUCUCCUGCCGCCCAACGCCCGUGGCACGAUCUCCUACAUUGCCCCCGCCGGCCACUACACCGUCAACGACGAGGUCAUCGAGAUCGAGUUCCAGGGGGCUAAGAAGAAGUUCAGCAUGAAGCAGCUCUGGCCGGUGCGCUCCCCGCGCCCCGUCGCCCAGAAGCUGCUGGCUGAGACGCCCCUGCUCACGGGCCAGCGUGUGCUGGACGCCCUGUUCCCUGCCGUCCUAGGAGGCACGUGCUCCAUCCCCGGCGCGUUCGGCUGCGGCAAGACCGUGAUCUCCCAGGCCCUGUCCAAGUACUCCAACGCGGACGGCGUCAUCUACGUUGGCUGCGGGGAGCGCGGCAAUGAGAUGGCGGAGGUGCUGAUGGAGUUCCCCCAGCUGACCAUGACUCUGCCUGACGGCCGCGAGGAGUCCAUCAUGAAGCGCACCUGCCUGGUGGCCAACACGUCCAACAUGCCUGUGGCGGCCCGCGAGGCGUCCAUCUACACGGGCAUCACCCUGGCUGAGUACUUCAGGGACAUGGGCUACAACUUCUGCAUGAUGGGCGACUCCACCUCUCGCUGGGCCGAGGCGCUGCGCGAGAUCAGCGGGCGCCUCGCAGAGAUGCCCGCGGACAGCGGCUACCCCGCAUACCUCGGGGCCAGGCUGGCGUCGUUCUACGAGCGCGCCGGCCGCAGCCUGUGCCUGGGCUCCCCCAAGCGCGAGGGCUCCGUCACCAUCGUUGGGGCCGUGUCACCUCCCGGAGGCGACUUCUCCGACCCCGUCACCAGCGCCACGCUCGCCAUCGUGCAGGUGUUCUGGGGGCUGGACAAGAAGCUGGCCCAGCGCAAGCACUUCCCCUCAGUCAACUGGCUCAUCUCAUACUCCAAGUACACCAAGGCCCUGGAGCCGUUCUACGACACCUUUGACCCCGAGUUCCUGGCGCUCAGGACCGUCCCCACGGCAACACGGACGCCAGGUGUGCGAGCAUAG